AUGGCUGCACCGCUCCCGCACACCGUGGUCCUGCAACCCGGCGUGCAAAGCCAGUGGCAGGUGGACACGUGCGAUUGCAACAACGACUGCACUAAUGAUUUGUGCUGCAAGGCAGUCUUCUGCCCUUGUCUCAUCCUCGGGGCCAACGAGAGCAUGCUGCAGACGGGCGUGCCCGCGGGCUGGUUGCUGUCAAAUGGCUCGCGGCCGGACGACAACAACUCGGAAUGUAUGAUUUCCGCUGUGCUUAACGUCGGGAACUUCGUACUUGGCUGGGUUUGGUUGUUUGUUUGUUGCCCCGCGGCCAACCCGUUCACUAUCAACUGCGCACCUUUCCACUCCCACAUGAAGCGAUUACAAAUUCGCGAAACCUACGGAAUCGAAGGCAACCAGUGCCAAGACUUCUUGUGCCAUUAUUGCUGCACGCCCUGCUCAUUAGCGCAGGAGUACAGGGAGCUCAAAAGCCGCCUCAUGCGCGGUGAUAGGGGGACGAUGGGGACUUCACCUGUGGCUGCCAUGGCUCAACAGCAUCAAGUUCUUCAGCAAACCGUGCAGCAAACGAUGUAUCCCGCGGCACCCGGCGCAGUUCCAGCUCAGGUCCCAGCGCCGCCUUCACCGGCACCGACGACGAUGGCGACCGCUCCCGCUGCUAACGUGAUGUCCCCGCCGAAGCAGGGACAGAACAAGAAGUUCUGUGGCAAGUGCGGCCAUGCUCAAAAAGCGGGAAACAAGUUCUGCGGCGGAUGCGGUGCGAGCGUGAGCUGA